CUUAAUGUGAAUCACUCCCCAUUCUUUCUAUCUUUCUUGUGCUACUCUCCCCCUUCUCUUUCUCCGUCUUUUCCUUCCCCAACCUCCACUAUUUAAAGCCUAAACACAGUUCUUAACUGGAUAUGGAUAAUCAGUCUUCUUCUCUUCUUAACUGGGCUUAUCUCUGCCAAGGAAAGAGCAUGGAUGAAAUGAGGCAGUGGCUGUUAGUGACAACAAUGGAGUUGGAGAACACUAGAGUGAAAGCGCAAGAAGAGCUGAAAAUGAGAGAAAUUCAGAUUCACCAGCUGAAAGAAAUGGUGAACAGAGCAAUUCUGGAGAAGAAGGAGGCGGAGGAGAAAUGUCAGAGGCUAAUAUACGAGAGGCUUCUUCUUCUACAGACCUCUGCCUCUCCUCAUCCCCUGUCCGGAGUUUCAACCAUUGACGACGAACCCAGAAGCAAUAACGGCCUCUCCUCCUCCUCCUCCGACGGGAGCAUUGUUUCCUCUCCGGCGUCGGCGCCGGCGCAGAUGGAUUACCCGGUCCUGGUUGAUAAGCCGUUGCCGGAAAACGGUAAGUUCUUGCACGCGGUGAUGAAGGCAGGACCACUUCUGCAGACCCUUUUGCUGGCCGGACCUCUGCCGCAGUGGCGCUACCCUCCUCCGCCGAUGGAGACAUACCAGAUUCCGCCACCGCCGGUGAUCAUCCCAACUCCGGCGGCCCUGACUAAUCCACACCUUCUGCACCAAGAUUCUGUUCAUGGAAUCGCGGCGUACGAUGGGAUUUCCAAUUGUGGUAGGAUAAACAGGAAAAGGGGAUUCUUUGAUGAAUCUGAUUCUUCCGCCAUUGAAGCCAACAAGUACCUUCGGAUUGUGCUCUGAGCCUCUGACUAGUGUCAGUUUUUCCGGUGUCUGCCAUUACAGAGAGGGCUGCCAAGAUCGGUGGGGUCUUGAUUCAAGCAAGCAUUUUUGUACAUAUUCUGAGAGCUUUUGAUUUAGGAAUGGACCAAAAACUAAUUUGACCAAAGAGAAAGAAAUCUGGACUGGUCAUUCCUUCGGUUGUUGUCGGCUUUAAAAUCUUUUUCCGUAUUUGCUUAGCAAAUCUCAGAUUAGCUUAUGAUAUCUCCGAUAAGGGUGUGAUUGUAAUUUCCAUGAUUGUGGAUGGAUCCUUUGUUAUCACUCAUAUGUCAAUUGUUCUUGUAAACUCAGGGUCAUUAAUUAAGUGGAGAGUAAUCACAAGUUGUGUUUUAA